ACAGUGAAAAAGACUGCGUGAUAAUCGUCGCAUGCGUUUUGUACAGUUUUGUAGUUUUUUGGAAUGCAAUGAUCAGAGGUUAAAAUAAAUUUUAUUGAUCUAUAAAUUUUUAUAAAACAAAGUAAUUAAUAUAAACAUCAUUAAAAAUGAUAUCUAAAACAGCAAUGGGUAUUGCUGUUGGCAUUGCCAGUGCAGUUGUUGGUUAUUGCAUUUAUUUUGACAAACAACGUCGUAAUGAUCCAGACUUCAAAAAGAAACUUCGUGAACGCAGGAAAAAUAAAAAACAAGCAUCUAAAUGUGGAUCUGAAAUUCCUGAUUUGACUGAUCCAGAACUUGUACAAAAAUUCUUCCUUCAAGAGGUUCAACUUGGUGAGGAACUCCUUGCAGCUGGUGAUUUAGAUGGUGGAAUUGAACACUUGGCAAAUGCUGUUGCUGUUUGUGGUCAGCCACGAGAACUUCUCAGUGUUUUACAAAAGACACUUCCACCACAAGUUUUCCAUCUCUUGGUACAGAGAUUACCCUCAGUUGGAAAUAAAUUUGCAUCACGUGCUGCAAUGACUGAAGAAGACGUCGAGUAAAAUAAAUAAUCUUAAAAAGAAAAAGAUUUUUAAACAAAUUAAAAAUCCAGUUGGUUAUUUCUAAAUACAUGAGUGUUUGAAGCAUAAGUAUAUGAAUGAAAACGAGAUAAGAAACUAUUGAUAAAAAAAACUUUUAAAAAAAAAAAUUGUUGACAAUGUUUUUGUAGAUUAAAAUCGAAAUCCUUAAGUCUAAUAUUUUUUCUUUCAAAAUGUAUGUAUGUGUACGUGUGUUGUGUCUAUUGAAAGACAAAUAUUUUUAUCAACAAAAACAUUUAAAAUAACCCAAAUAACAUUUUUAUUUUAUUUACCAAUAUCCCAAUGACUCACAGAUUCAUCAAUUAAAAUCUGCUGUCUUCUUUUUACAAUAUAUAUAUAUUUUCUAAACAUACAGUAUCUACUUCACCGUUACUUUUUUUUGCUCAUUUAAAAUUCUCAAAAUAUGAUAAAAUAAUUAAUCAUUUACAACAAUAAUUUACAAACAUUUGAUAACAUUGAUUUUCUAGCGAAAAAAAAAAAAAACGCAGCAACAUUUUCUGAAUAAACAUUUUAAAUAAAAACAGAAAAAAAAAAUAGUAAAA